AAUUAAAAUAUUCCCAUGAAUCCGUUCCUCUCCAUUUCCCCAUAUUUUGACCAUUACUUCAUCUUUCUCCUCUCCUAUAUAUAAAUGUUUCCACCCUAUUCAUAUUAUUAUCAUCCUUGGCUAAACUUUCAAUAGUUCUUCAUAACCCUAUUUUUCGUUCAACUUGCUUCAUCAUUCCAUUGUCUCCUUUUUCUUUUCCUCUCUAUAUUUUUUUGUGAAAAAUAAAUGGAGGAAAGUGAGGUACCAAAGAGGCCUAGAGAAGCCCAAAUGGAAAAAGAUUUAGAAUUUGAAGAGUAUUCUUCUAAGAGACACAAACCAUACAACCACAUAAUCUCACUUCUUGAUUUAGAGGAAGAGGAGUCAACACAAGACCUCUCUCCUAUUAUGACAACUCUCCAACAAGAAAUCACAUGUGCCUCUAACAACAAAGACACCCUUUUGAUUUCUCAAGAUAAUCAAAAUGACCAAAAUAACCUCACUACUUUUGGUUGCAAUUUAGAUGACAAUUCUACCCUCACUUAUUUUUCUACUCCUCAUGAGUUGAAAGAAGAGGAGGAAGAUGAGAAAGUGAAAGUCAUGAGGCAUCUUCUUCAAGCCUCUGAUGAUGAACUUGGGAUUCCAAACACUACUAGUGGGGAUAAUGAUGGGUUAAUUGGUUUUUUGGGGGAAGAUGAUGGAUUUAACGGUGGAGAUGAGUUUUCUUUUUUAUGUGAUAAAUUAUGGGAACUUGAAGAUGAGAGAGCUAACUACUAUGCUUUGUUGCAAUCUGAAAUCUUCUUGUGGGGGCAUUAGGAAGUUAAAAUUGUCAUAAGAUGAAAUUUAGAAGGUAGUAACAAAGAAAGACGAUGAGGGGAAUUUUUUUUGUUGAGUUUAAUUUUUUUAUUAUUAAACUACUCUUUUGUAAAGAUUAGAGGAUGCAUCUUGUUUUCCUAUUAGGUUAAAGGCAGCAGGUAAAUCUGUGCUUGGCACAACAAUAUCUAAAGUUGACCACACUUACUAAAUUAUUGGAGACUAAAUUUUAUUUCCUCUUAUUCUAUUUAUAAAUGAGUGAUAA